UUGAGAUGUCAUCUUGCUGCGCAAAACGAGCGGUUGUUGACAGGCCGCGGAGGCGGCUGGGGGAGCUGUGGUGUUGUCUAUCAUGCCUGACCGGACGAGCUGUCCUGGGCCGAGGCCGCUGGGCUGGGGAUGAAAGAAGCAGAUCAGAUGCAGAGUGUGGAGGGCUCGGAGGCCGGGCGGUCAGUCGGCACGCAGACCGGCAGCAUGACGGGUCAAAUACCAAGGCUUUCUAAAGUCAACCUUUUCACUCUGCUCAGCCUCUGGAUGGAGCUCUUCCCAGGAGUAGAUGCCCAAGGGCAAAAGUCUCAGAAAAACGAAGAAGAAAGCCGUGGCCCCUUAGGAGAUAACGAAGAAUUGGCCAGAGUAUCUACUGACAAAAAACAGGUGAAGAAAACUGGUCUUGUGGUGGUGAAAAACAUGAAAAUUAUUGGUCUUCACUGUUCUAGUGAAGACUUACACACUGGGCAAAUUGCUCUUAUCAAGCAUGGGUCCAGGCUGAAAAACUGUGAUCUUUAUUUUUCAAGGAAACCGUGUUCUGCUUGUUUGAAAAUGAUUGUGAAUGCUGGAGUUAACCGAAUUUCUUACUGGCCUUCUGACCCAGAAAUAAGUUUGCUCACCGAGGCUUCUAGUUCUGAAGAUGCAAAGCUAGAUGCCAAAGCAGCAGAACGAUUGAAGUCAAACAGCCGGGCCCACGUGUGUGUCUUACUCCAGCCACUGGUGUGUUAUAUGGUACAGUUCGUAGAGGAAACCUCUUACAAAUGUGACUUUAUCCAAAAAACUGCAAAAGCACUGUCGGGUGCUGACACUGACUUUUAUUCUGAGUGUAAACAAGAAAGAAUAAAAGAGUAUGAAAUGUUAUUUUUGGUUUCAAAUGAAGAAAUGCAUAAGCAGAUACUGAUGACUAUAGGUCUGGAGAACCUGUGUGAAAACCCCUAUUUUAGCGAUCUAAGGCAAAACAUGAAAGACCUGAUUCUACUUUUGGCCACAGUAGCUUCCAGUGUGCCCAACUUGAAACACUUCGGAUUCUACUGUAGCAAUCCAGAACAGAUUAAUGAAAUUCACAAUCAAAGUUUGCCACAGGAAGUUGCAAGGCACUGCAUGGUGCAGGCCAGGUUAUUGGCAUAUCGAACUGAGGAUCAUAAAACUGGAGUUGGAGCUGUCAUUUGGGCAGAAGGGAAAUCUAGAAGCUGUGAUGGAACUGGAGCUAUGUACUUCGUAGGAUGUGGUUACAAUGCCUUUCCUGUUGGCUCUGAGUAUGCUGACUUCCCCCACAUGGAUGACAAACAUAAGGACAGAGAAAUACGGAAAUUCAGAUACAUCAUACAUGCCGAGCAGAAUGCUUUGACAUUUAGGUGUCAAGAUAUAAAGCCAGAAGAACGCAGCAUGAUUUUUGUAACAAAAUGCCCUUGUGAUGAAUGUGUGCCUUUAAUUAAAGGUGCAGGCAUAAAGCAGAUCUAUGCUGGGGAUGUGGAUGUUGGGAAAAAGAAAGCAGACAUCUCUUACAUGAAGUUUGGGGAGCUUGAGGGCGUUCGCAAAUUUACAUGGCAGUUGAAUCCAUCUGAAGCUUAUAGUCUCGACCCAAAUGAGCUUGAAAGGAGAGAAAAUGGUGUGUUGAGGCACAGGUCUACAAAGGAAGAACAGCAGAGCAGCAAGAGGCCUCGUCUGGAAACCCGCUCUGCAGGCCGGGCACCACUGCAGAUUCUGGAAUGGAGGAGAAGAAAGACAAGAAGUCACAGAUCUGCCCAAACCCUGGUGCUGAGAGCCUGUGAACCAUCAACAGGCAGGUGCAUUGAGAGCUCAGAGAUGAAGUCAUCAGCGUGCACAGAUUCUGAAUACAAAGCCAAGACAUGAAGACAAAUGAAGGCAGAAUGUUAGGUUUAUCGUCACUGAGGUGUAGGAUUGGGAAUUGGUGUGGACCACAUGGUCAUUGCUGCUUGACAAAGUUCCAGCAUUUUGACUUUAUGAUCACAAUUCUCGAGCAGCCUUUUACUUUCAUUUUAAAUUAUUCUCACUAUG